AAGCGCUAGAAAUCUACGUGGAGGCGCGAGCAGCGGGCAAAAUGCCGACUGCCUCCCAGGGAAAUCCACGCGCAGCUCCUCCAAGAAUCUGUGGUGAUGAUCCAUCGAAAUACCUGCGUCGCCACGACCCUGGUGGAUAUGUACGCCAAAUGCGGCAGCCUUGGGGAGGCGAUCCAGAUCUUCCAGACGAUGCAAUGCCGCCGGAGCGUCGUGACUUGGAAUUGUAUCAUCCUGGGAUACGCUCACGCUGGCGACUUCCAUCAGGCGCUAGAGCUUUACUCCAGGAUGGAUUGCCCGCCGAAUCACGUAACGUUCUUGGCAGCGCUCAAGGCUUGCAUUGGUGUGGCCGGAGAAGGAGAGAAAGUGAAAAAAGAAGAAGGCGGUGGUGGUGUGGAAAGAAUCCAGUGCCUGGAGAAGAUUAGAGCGCUACACAGGGAAGCUACACGGGAGAUGGUCUCUGGAAUUCACAUCUUCGUGGCCAACAGCUUGAUCACGGCCUACUCCAAGUGUGGAAGUUUACGGGAGGCUUUGGAUGUUUUCAAAGGAAUGAAAGAGCACAGCGUGGUUUCAUGGACGGAGAUCAUCAUGGCUUAUGCCGGAAAUGGAGGAGGAAAGAUGGCUCUCCAACUUUACGAUCAAAUGCUGGAGCAGGGAUUUUUUCCGAGCCGUGUAACUUUGCUGGCGGCUCUCAAGGCUUGCUGCUGCUCCAGUGUGACAGAGGAAGGGGCUGAUAAGAGUUUUUAUCUGGAAAGGGGAAAGGCAAUUCACUCACGAGCUGCCAGAGAUGGACACGACUCGCAAGUUCUCGUCGCGAGCAGCCUGGUGGACAUGUAUUUCAAGUGUAGGAGCUUGGUCGAUGCUUUCACGGUUUUUGGGAGCAUGGUGGAUCCGACAGUGGUUUCCUGGAAUUGUGUGAUUAUGGGGAACGUUCUCAGUGGAGAGGCCGGCCUCGCUUUGGAUCUAUAUGGACAGAUGCAAGAGCAAGGCUUUAAACCCGACGCUGCCACCUUUGUAGCGGCUUUGAAGGCGUGUAUCAGCUUAGCAGGGAGAGAACAAGGCAAGCUCGUGAAGACAAAGUGUUUGGCUUUGGGAAGAACAAUCCACAGUCAAGCGGCUGCUGCUAGUUCUGACGGCGAGCUCCACGUUUUUGUGGCAAACGGGCUGAUCGACAUGUAUGCCAAGUGUAGGAGCAUGACCGACGCUUGGAAAGUUUUCCAGAGCAUGCCAGUGCGGAGUUUGGUGUCGUGGAACUGCGUCAUUUUUGGAUUUGCCGAGGCUGGUGAUGGCAAGCGAGCGUUGCAGCUCUAUCGCCAAAUGCAAGACGAAGGCUGUUCUCCAAACCACGUCUCUUACAUCGCUGCGCUCAAGGCUUGCGUGGCUCUGGUAGAGAGUUUGGAUCUACAGCCAGCUGAAGACUCGAAGAUGGUGAAGCUGGAGUGUCUGCAAAGAGUGAAGGCGAUCCACGGUCAAGCAGGACGUGAUGAGUUGCACGGGCACAGAUUUCUCGCAAAUGCGAUGGUUGCGGCGUAUGCAAAGUGUGGCGGCUUAAAGAACGCUCGGGAGAUUUUCGAAAGCUUGGGACGAGACAGGGACCUGGUGACUUGGAACUCGAUGAUUCUUGGUUAUGCCGAGAACGGGGAUGGAAAAGAAGCCCUGAAGCUCUACGAGCAAAUGGAGGACGAAGGCUGUGCUCCAGACGAUCUUACCUUCGUAGCUGCUUUGAAAGCUUGCAGCAGCUUGGUGGACGAAGAAAACCAAGAUGCAAGCAACGCAAAUCUGCAAGAGAGAGUUGCAGCUAUCCGGCGUCGAGCAGCAGCAGGAGGCCAGGGGCUCAGCGUCUUCGUAGCCAACACUCUGAUCGAUUUCUACGCGAGAUGCCGGCUCAUAGCAGAGUCCCGCGAAGUUUUCGAGAGCAUGCGUGUUCGAAGCGUGGUCUCGUGGAACUGCAUCAUCCUGGGGCUGGCAGAGAAUGGUUUGGGCAGGCAGGCACUGAGUUUCUACGCAAGAAUGCGCGACGAAAACUUUGCUCCCGAUACUGUCACCUUCAUCGCGGCACUCAAGGCCUGUGGUAGCCUCGGGGACAUGCAAGCUGGCAGUAAGAUCCGGCUGGAGAUCGUCAGCGCUGGGCUCGAGAAGGAUGCCGCCGCAGCAAACUCUCUGGUCGACUUCUACGGCAAGUGUGGAAGCAUGGGCGAAGCUCUGGAGGCGUUUGAGUCGAUGGAGGAGAAGAGCACAGUCUCGUGGAACGCUCUCAUGGAUGGCUACAGCCGCCAGGGUGACUACGAGCGCGUUUUCCAGCUCUUUGAGAGGAUGCAAGAGCUGCGCUUCCGGCCAAACGAGACGACGUUCCUCGUCCUUCUCAAUGUGUGUUGUCACGCUGGAUUGGUGGACACGGGGAAAGAGCUCUUCGAGGCUAUGGCGAGCGGUCACGGCAUCUCUCCCGGGUUGAAGCACUACAGCGCCAUGGUUGACUUGUUUGGGAGAGCAAAUCGCAUGGACGAGGCAGUGAGGAUGGUGAAGAGCAUGAGAGUGGAGCCGAAUGCCGUGAUUUGGAUGACGCUGUUGGGGGCUUGUUGCAAGUGGAAAGAUGUUUGCGUUGGGGAGUUUGCCUUUACUUCCGCUAUCAAGGUUUUGGUAUCAGCAAGAGAUGGAGAGAUGUAUGCUACAGCCUGUGUCAUGAUGUCAAACAUUUAUGCCAAUGCUGGGCAUUGCUUGCAGAAGAGAGUAACAUUGCAAGGUACAGAAACAAUAUAUGACUGAAUGAAUAUGUUGAGGAGGCAUAAAAGUUUUUAAAGAGGCAUCUUAUCUGGCUGUCGAUAGUCCCAAUCCUAUUCAAAGUGAGAAAAGAUGAGAGACACUUAAUCUUGAUUCUUUGCUCAAUUAAACUAUAAUGUAUAACAUUAAAAAAUUGAAAACUUUAAAUAGAAAAAUUAAUUCUUUA